AGUUCCCCUUCUGGCCUCCCCGGCGAUGGCGACGGCGGCGAGCUCCGGCGGCCAUCAGUAUGUCUCGGUGAAGUUGGAGAGCCCGCGCCUAGCGGCGCUCGACCUCGCCCCUCACCUCUUCGGCUCCCACCCCAUCGCCGGCUCGUGGGACCCGUCCAAAGCCCUUCCGAUGGAGCGGGCGGCGGAUGCCAUUUGGGAGCUCAGCUGCGUCCUCCCUUCUCGCCACGAAACAAUGGAUUUCAAGCUAGUGUUGAAACAAAAAGCCGAUAGCUCACAGUGCAUUGUUGAGGAGGGGCCGAACCGACCGCUAGGUUGCGGGAGCAAUGAAGUGGAAAUGACAGAUGCGGUCUUUAAACUAAAUGACAAGGAUGCACUUGAGUGUAAGGUUUGGGUUGAGACGGAACUGUUAUCCCCAUUCGACCUGGCUGCAAGCUGGAAGGCUCAUCAGGAGAAUCUUCAGCCCUCAAGGGUGCGAGGGACGUAUGAUGUCGUUAUGGAUGUGACUAAAUCCAGGCCCAAGAAUGACUUCGCUUCUGGUCUGGAGCUUGAUUUAGAGAAGUAUGUAGUUCCAACAACACCCAGCAUGGGCUCAGGUGUUUAUGCAGCUAACUUGACUGAGAAUCCCCGCUAUUUAUUGAACACCGGUAUGUCCUCAAACAAUGAUACCACAUUGGGCAUUUUGCACAACUUGGUCAAAGGCGAUGCAUCCCCGGACCAUUAUGCUAACACGAAAAAGGAUGUUGAUGGGAGACAUGCACCACAACAGGAAGGACAUAGGGUGGUCUUUGUUGAUAGAGGUGUUGGUUCACCAAGGUUUGCUAGACCAAAAAAUGAAACCAUUUCAACAAGCAACAUCAAGCAGGAUUGUGAAGGAAAGGUUGUACCACCACACAAUAUAGAAAAACAUGGAAGUGUGGGCAUGCCAGCAGCAGAAGGAGCUGUUGCAGCAGCAGCUGUAGCUGAUCAGAUGUAUGGACCAAAAGAAGACCGCAAGUUGGUCAUUGUCCUGGUUGGGCUGCCAGCUCGUGGUAAGACCUUUACGGCAGCUAAGCUUACAAGGUAUCUCCGAUGGUUAGGUCAUGAAACAAAGCACUUCAAUGUCGGAAAGUACCGCCGGCUGAAGCAUGGUACUAAUCAGACUGCUGAUUUCUUUCGUGGAGAUAACAAGGAGGGUGUUGAGGCACGUAAUGAGGUGGCAGCAUUAGCAAUGGAAGAUAUGCUAUCUUGGAUGGAAGAAGGUGGCCAAGUUGGUAUUUGUGAUGCUACAAAUAGCACAAGAAAUCGGAGGAACAUGCUGAUGAAAAUGGCUGAAGGAAAAUGUAAGAUCAUCUUUGUGGAAACAAUAUGCAAUGAUCAGGAUGUUCUUGAGAGAAAUAUUCGCUUGAAAGUUCAACAAAGUCCGGAUUAUGCGGAGCAGACGGAUUUUGAAGCUGGUGUACGAGAUUUCAAAGAGCGGUUAGCCUAUUAUGAAAAGGUGUAUGAACCAGUCGAAGAAGGCUCAUACAUAAAAAUGAUCGAUAUGGUUAGUGGGAAUGGGGGCCAAUUGCAGAUUAACAAUAUAAGUGGUUACUUGCCUGGACGGAUUGUUUUCUUCUUGGUGAACUGCCAUCUUACACCUCGUCCUAUCUUGCUAACUAGGCACGGGGAAAGUUUAGAUAAUGUCGGAGGAAGAAUCGGUGGAGAUUCUUCUUUGAGUGAGGCUGGGCAGAUUUAUUCAAGGAAACUUGCAAGCUUUGUGGAGAAGCGACUGAAGUCUGAGAGAACUGCCUCUAUAUGGACUAGCACACUCCAGAGGACAAUAUUAACAGCACAUCCAAUCAUUGGAUUUCCAAAGAUACAAUGGCGUGCACUUGAUGAGAUAAAUGCUGGCGUCUGUGAUGGGAUGACAUAUGACGAAGUAAAGAAAAAUAAACCUGAAGACUAUGAAUCACGUCGCAAAGACAAGCUGAGGUAUCGUUAUCCUAGAGGAGAAUCCUACCUGGAUGUCAUUCAGAGAUUGGAGCCUGUAAUAAUUGAGCUUGAAAGGCAGCGGUCGCCAGUGGUAGUCAUAGCUCACCAGGCUGUGUUAAGAUCACUAUAUGCGUAUUUUGCGGACAAACCACUGGAGGAAGUUCCUAAGAUUGAAAUACCUCUUCAUACAAUUAUCGAGAUAAAAAUGGGCGUCACUGGCGUUGAAGAGAAGAGAUACAAACUCAUGGACGCAGUAAACCCCACCGCAGGGAUCUAAGACGUGGUGCAUGGAGUUUGUCUUCUCAAAGCAAAAUGCACAAAUAAAUCUUCAGAUGACAUUAUUUUUCGUGUAGUCUGUGGAUGAUCCUCAGAUGUAUAACUAAAGUCUAUCAAAUGAAAGCAAAGCUAUAGUGCAGAGUGAAUUAUUCCCUGACAGGUUUAGCUCAUAGAUGACCGUUGAACUUUUCAAAUUUUGGCUGGCUAUGUAAAGAUUCGCUCAUUGCAAUCCAAAUGAAUUCAGUAUUUUUCAGUUA